AUGCCACAUCAACCACCUCCUAAAGACAAAAAGGAAUUCCGUUCUCUCGUUUUACAUUUAAAAAAGUUGCAUCCAUCAUGGAAAGCAAAAGAAAUUACCAGAUUUGUCCUUCAGUCCGAAAAUCCACCUUAUUAUACAACGACGAAAUCUUUAUGGCUUAAAGUUUGGAGAAUUUUAAGGAGAAACAAAGUAAAUGAUUUACCAAGACCAGGUGCACCUCGUACAACAACAACAAAUCGAUAUAUUCGAGCAGUGAAAGAAGCUAUUCAAUUAAAAAAAGGAGGUAAAUUAUAUAAAUGGAAUAAUGUUUUAAACACGGACUUUAGUGGUACAUUUACAUUAACUCCACAUUAUAAUCAACAUAAUGAAGGUGUUUAUGCCAAAUCAUCUGAUGAUAUUCUAUACAAUUUAAAAGCCAAACCAAAAGAAAAAUUUCAAAAGAGUGUGAUGCUGUGGGAUGGGAUUUCGUACCAAGGAUUAUUUCCAAAGGAAUCUCCCAUUUUUCUUGAUGAAUGGUUAGAGUCGAUUCGAUCAAAAGGUGAUGAUCAUCAUAAGAAAAUGUAUUUUACUGGCGAAAGAUAUGCAAAAUUUAUUCGAACUAUUGUAGCAGAAAAAGCAGCUGAAGAAUUCAGUGUUUUACGAAAUGUUAUUUUUCAAGAUGAUCAAGAUCGUAAACAAAGGAUGCAGGUGUCUUUAGAUGCCGUUAAACAUGUUUUUACUAAUCGAAUUGGACCCAGAAAUUGUGCUACGAAAUUAUCCGACGUUUGGGGUGCCUUAAAAGAAAAAUUACGAGGACGCGAAUACAAUAAUAUUGAACAAUUAAAAAAUGAUAUUAAAAAGGAACGGAACAAAUUUAGUGUUUUAUUAUGUCAGAAAAUAAUGGAUAACAUACCAGCACGAUUAAAAUCAGUGAUCAAUCAAGGUGGUAAUCAAUUGCGAGGACAUUAG